AUGUUUUUGAAAUCCUUGAAGGCAAUACGAACAAAUUCUUUUAAUAGUUACAUAAUAUCAAAAUAUUUUUCGUCACAAAAUUGGAACAAUAAUGCUUUAAUUCUUAGUGAUAAUUGUGUACAAAAAUUAAAGCAACUAUGUGAUGGAAAAACAAAUUUCCUAAGGUUAAGCGUCGAGAGUGGAGGAUGUUCGGGAUUUCAAUAUAAAUUUAAUUUAGAUAAUAAUGUGGCUGAUGACGACAGAAUAUUUGAAAAAGAUGGUGUGAGGGUAGUUAUUGAUGAGACAUCUCUAGACUAUAUAAAGGGAUCGACUAUUGAUUAUCACACCGAACUCAUAAGGUCUGCAUUUAGAGUAGUGCAAAAUCCUAAUGCUGAUGUUGGGUGUUCGUGUGGAGCAAGUUUUUCUAUAAAAAUAGAUUGA